CGAAGUUUAGAACGAAAACUCCUACUUUGCAUUCUCUCUCUCUCUAAAACUUAUAUUAUUCUUUGUUCUCGGUGGUUUAUCACCCUCAAAUUGGUGCUAUCAUUGAGAGGAGAGGAACAUACUCGUAGGUUAACUCCCGAACACGAGAAUGGUGCAAACAAGGAGCAACGUCCCCACCACCAGCCACGUCGUUGGCGAGGAGAACGUGUCGGGCAGCGGCAACGGCACGGGAGGUAUCGGCUCGACUCCGGAUGCGAUCCAAGCGCUGUUCGGCUUGGGGGUGACCGCGGAGCAGCUCCAGGCAGCCGUUGCGGCACUUUCCGCCAUGGGUGGGAACGUGCCCGGUGCCGAAGUUGGCAAAGCUCCGCACGGUCUCCAUGCCGAACACGCUGCCACUUCCCAACACAAGGGGAAGAAGACCCGGAGGAGUAGGAGGAGGACCGGCAAAGCCCAGGUGUUUGAGGAGGUGAUAGUGGAGGACGUUCCCGAAGGGGAAGACGAUGAGUCUAGCGAGUGCCAAGUGUCGGCCUUCAGACGUUUAGGAGGUGAAGAAACCCGGGUGUCGGCCUUCGACAGGAUCGAUCGCGGGCCGGAAGGUCACCCGGAUGACCUCCGCCAAAAAAUAACCGAAGGCAGGCGGAGGCAUGCUGAGGAGUCCGCGACAUCGGAUGCUCGCUCUGCGAGGCCCGAGAGGAGCGGAGAAAGGCGGGGCGAGCGCACCCAGCGCCGCCAUAGUCCAACAAGAACUGAGAAGACAAAGGCUUCUGACCAGGGGGUAACUCGGCUCGCUCGUGAGAUUGCCGAGCUCAAGCGCCGAGUGGAGACCAGGGCUCCCUACAGCCAGCCCAUCUUGCGGACGGUAACCCCGUUCACUCCGAGGGUUAUGUCGGUUCCGCUGCCAGCAAACUUCCGGCCGUGGCAGAUCAAGGCCUACAACGGAACGACGGACCCCCAAGAUCAUUUGUCCAAGUUCUACGCUUCUAUGGAAGCGGCGGCAGCCCCGGAUGAGGUCAAGUGCCGAUGCUUUCUCGCGACGCUGGAGGGCUCUGCGUGCGAUUGGUUCAACCGGCUCCCGAAGGGAACCAUUGACGAUUGGGAUACGCUGGCGGAGAAGUUCCUGACGCAUUUCGCGGCUAAUCGAAGGCAGAGGCUACCUUACUCCCACCUGCUCAACAUAUGCAUCCGCAAGGGAGAAAAGGUCCGCGACUUCAUAGUCCGGUGGGAGAAGGAAGCCAGGGACGUGCAUGGGGCGGAUGACCAGGCGUUGGUCGCCAUGUUCCAAGCAGCCCUUCCCCGCGGAGAGAAGGAAAUGCAGCGACUCAUCGCCCGAGGGCCGCCUCCGCGAGACGAUGCCGUUGCCCCCUCCCGGGGGCCGCCAGAAGGGAGAACUUGGAGGAAGCCGACUAAGCCAGUCGCAGUGGCGACGCAGGCAAGAAAUCCCGAGAAGAGGCACAUCGGGCGGGAGUGCGACGAUCUAGACGAAGACAAAGCCCAAGGAUAUCCGGUGGGAUUUAUCCAUGGAGGAAACGUCGGCGGGGAUUCCGCCGCCCAGAGGAAGAAGUGGAAGCACAUGGCAUUCGUCGCCAAGGUUCAACAAGCGCCGGUGCCCAAGCUCGGAAGACGAGAGCAAUUCCAGUUCAUGGAGAAGGACCUCCCGAGCACGCCGAGCCCCCACCGGGAUGCCCUGGUCGUGAAGAUUGAAAUCAAUGACGCCAUAGUGCACCGCACCUUGGUGGACACGGGAAGCUCGGUUAACAUCAUGUAUGAAAAGACCUUCCAGGACCUCGGCUUGGACCGCAAAGACUUGAGGCCCGUGCGCACUCCUCUCUCCGGGUUCACGGGGGACUCCAUUGAGGCUGAAGGAGUCAUCACCGUGCCCGUGAUAGUAGGGGAUGGGGCGCACAAGGCUAAGCUGAAGAUGGAAUUCAUGGUUGUGAGCAUCAACUGCGCGCACAACAUGAUCCUAGGGCGGCCUGGCCUGGAGGACUUGGAAUGCGUAAUCUCCCCGUAUUACUUGUGCAUGAAGUUCCCCACUCCGUCCGGGAUUGGGGUGGCGAGGGGAGACCAGAAGUUAGCUCGAUCGUGCUACGUCCGAAUCACGAAGAAGUUGCCAAGGGACGAGACGUUGGUCGUGCAAGCACAAGAAGGGGAGCGGAAGCUAGAAGCACGACCGAAGGCCGAGCCCGCCGAAGAAGUCGAGGAGGUGCUGCUCGACCCUCGAACACCCGAGCGGAAGGUGAAGGUCGGGGUGGGUCUGACCGGGAGCCAUCGGAAGCUCUUGAUGGACGUGCUCUCGGCCUACCGCGUGAUCUUUUCCUGGGGACCGGGGUAUAUGCCGGGAGUAGACCCCAAGGUCAUAUGCCACCGCUUGGCAGUCAAUCCGGGGUCUAGGCCGGUGCUCUCCCAGCAGCCCCUAGGCGCGCUACUCAGGAGCCCGAACGCGCCCUCUCGCAUGUCUACGUGGGCAGUAUUCUUGGGAGCCUUCCAGAUCGAGUUCAAGCCAAGGCCGGCGAUCAAGGGGCAAGCGCUGGCCGACUUUGUGGUGGAAUGCACCGCUCGGGAAGAGCCGAGCCCGGAACUUGAAACCGAUGACUGGUGGACAGUUUUUACCAACGGCUCCUCCGCCGCCAAAAACUCGGGGGGUGGAGUGGUGGUCAUCGCUCCCGAAGGCUUCAGGGCAUACUACUCGAUUCGAUUCGGCUUUAAGGCAUCAAAUAACGAGGCGGAGUAUGAAGCGCUCUUGUGCGGGCUACGCCUAGCAGCCGGGAUGAGCGCGACAAAGCUGAGGAUAAAGUGCGAUUCGAAGCUUGUGGUUGGCCAUGUCUCAAGAGAGUUUGAGGCGAAGGAUGAAAGAAUGAAGAAAUACAGAGAUACGGCUUUGGAACUCCUUAAGAGCUUCAUCGCGUAUAGUGUCGAGCAGAUCCCUCGGGCGGAGAACGCCGAGGCAGACAUCUUGUCAAAGCUGAGCUCAGACACGCCCCAGCACAUCAGGCGGAUGGCUAACGUGGAAGAGUUGUCCGUGCCAAGCAUUCACGCUUUUCCCGUGGCAAUGAUCUGCGCUCGGCCCAAAGAUUGGACGGACGACAUAGUUGCCUUCCUAAAGGAUGGCACCCUCCCAGACGAUGCGGUGAAGGCCAAGCUGGUCCGAACGAGGGCACCGGGAUACACGUUGGAAGGCGAGAAGCUAUACAAGCGAGCGUACAGCGGGACGCUACUCAGGUGCCUUAGACCAACUGAAGCAAAGCAGGUCAUGGAGGAAGUGCACGCCGGGAUUUGCUCCGCCCACCAGGGGGCCUACGCGGUGUCAAGGAAGAUAACCCUCCAAGGAUAUUUUUGGCCGACGAUAGUCAAGGAUUGCACAGAGUUUUUGAAGAAGUGUAAAGUCUGCCAAGAAUUCCAGAAAGUGCCGGGGAGGCCUUCAACCAACUACACCCCCAUCAGCACGGCCAUCCCGUUUCCGCGAUGGGGGGUGGAUCUCGUGGAUGCACUCCCUAGGGGAACCGGGAGUGUGAGGUACGUCAUCGUAGCCAUCGAUUACUUCACUAAGUGGGUGGAAGCAGCUCCACUGGCGAGCAUCACCGAAGUCCAAUGCCAAAAGUUUCUCGCAAAACAAGUCAUCUGUCGGUUUGGGGUCCCCGAGCACAUAAUCACAGACAAUGGGACACAAUUCGAGUCAAAGCCGUUCAACGCCUUCCUCGAGAGUUGGGGGAUCAAGCACAGCUACGCGUCGGUCGGGUACCCUCAGACAAAUGGCCAGGUCGAGAACGCCAACCGAACAAUAAUUGAUGGUCUGAAGCGGAAAUUGGAAGCUUGUGGAGGGGAGUGGGCAGAGGAGCUGCCCUACAUCCUAUGGACCUACCGAACCACGCCUAGGAGGGCGACCGGGGAAACCCCCUUCGCCUUGUGCUAUGGAUUCGAGGCGAGAGCCCCUGCGGAGAUCUCCAUCGCUACUCACCGGGAGGAACUCUUCGACCCUGAGCGUAACAAAGAAGCCCUGGCAGCCGAGCUUCAUCUCGUACACGAGAGGCGAGAAGCGGCCUUCAUACGGGCCGAAAUCUACCGAAGGAAGGUGAAGAGCUACCAUGACGGGCGUGUGCACGCACGGGGGUUCACCGAAGGAGAUUGGGUGCUGCGCAAGAGGUCCGUAAGCCGCCCCCUAGAAGGUGGAAAAUUUGCCAAGAACUACGAAGGCCCCUACAUCAUCAAAGAAGUGGUAGGCCCCUCGACAUUCCGCCUGCAGACGCCGAGUGGAGGGGAUGUGCCCAGAACUUGGAAUGCCGAGAAUUUGAUUAAGUUUUAUCAGUAGAAAUAUACACGGGCCCGAAAAUGGGAACCCGCAACACCAUGAUUGAAUUCAAUGAAAUAGAAUUUUGUUUGCCAACAAGGUCUGAUCUUCGUAUUCGGCAGCCCCCCUCGGGGGAAGAGCCGAGCGCGGACCAUGUCCGGAU